CAGACCAUGUAUAAACGAACGUAGAAUCCACUGUGGUAAAGCAGUCUGUACCUUGAACGUGGAUCUCACAUAAAACUAAAGAAAUACUCCAGAAAUAUGCUAGAUGUCUGAGAAAGAAUGAUAAAAAAAACUUACCACUGCUUGAUGUGUGGCUUUUUACAAACAUACCAUUAGUGCUAGCAGCUGCCCACAACAAAACAUGGGAGCUAAACGCCUUCUAAACAAAACCUCUGCAGUCACAGCAAGAUUGGAAGGAACCUCACUAUAUCUAUCUGCUCUCACAAAAAACAAGGCCACAAAUAAGACUAUAUCCAGUUCUGAAGUAGAGAGAGUGAGCUUUAAGAAGACCUGAGCUUUUUCACCACUCUCAGGGAACUGUUAGACUGUGGCUUAAACUGGUGCACCUGGUGAAGGGGUGGAGGCAAAUUAUUUGCACUUGUGCUCUCCAGCUGACCAGAAGGGUGGGCACAAUAAGGACCAGCCACAGAAGUGAAGCAUCUCUUAGACCUGGGCUGUUUCUGAGGAAAAAUACUAUGCAGCAAGCUGGAGAGCCCCAUUCAUAGUUAGACAACUCCUCAGUUAUUAAAGUUUCCCUAAAGCACAACAAUAAAGCACUGGCAAUGGCCCUCAAUGCAGAGAAAGCUAAUGCACAGCAGCUUGCCAAGGAGAAGGUCAUCUUGCAGAUGGAGUUGGAGCAGUGCCACUUCCAGAAUGCUUCUCUGCGAAACAAGCUCUGCUUCCUGAAUAACGUCUUCAAAGAACUAGAAAACCUUGUGGAGUCAGUGAAGAUGGCUCGGCUUUCUGAGGUCCCUACUAGUCCUUUAUUCCCGUCUGAUCGCCAGAAGAACAGCAUGACUGAAGAUAGCUGGGCUGAUGAUAUUGCUGAUGAUCAUCUUCUGAGCACUGCAGCAAUGCCACUGAGGGUACCCAUUUCAAAGCCAAGAAAUUUGAGACAGCAAAGUGGCAGUUCCACAGCAAUGCAGAAGUCCUCAUUAGGUCUUCAGACUUGUGCUCCUGAUAAGCCCCUGGAAACUUUGUCUGUUUCUGAAGAUGCUUUGCCACCACAGUUUGCUGGGAAGACUCAGUCCCACCAGGAAGAAAAUGGGAAGAACCAGCGUGAAGGAAUGGGAGCGCAAGAGGCUUUUCUUGACUCAUGUCCCUCCAGAGAGUCCUUGUGUGCUACCCAACAAAAUAACAAUUUGUCAGCACCUGCCUGGGAAAGUUGUCCACUUCUGUAUGAAGAUGAAAUGGUGAAGCGCUUCUGUGAUCGUCUCUCACAAGGGCAUGUUACACAGAGGAGAAAACAUUCCGCUUGGUUUGCAGCCAGCACUCAGUCUUCAAAUGUUGAUAUCAUCCCACAUGUUGCUUCAACUCGGGCAACCUGGUGUGGUAUUACAGAGGAUAGCAGCAACUUCAGUGAGGACAACGUACAGCCACAACUCAAAUCUCCCAGCUCACUGGCUUCACCUACUGAAGCCACUGUUAGUCCCAAUAGAAGACUUCCAGUUAAAGAAGCUUUUUGUGAUCAGCUACAGGCUGAAGAAACUGGGUGUAGUGUUGAAGUAGAUUCCACCUCUAAUGAUGUCAUGGAGUCCAUUCCUGUAAAGAUUAGAAGUAAAGUUAAACGUAAAACUGAUGAGAUAAAGACUGUUAAAAAAACAAGUGCAGGAAGAAAGAAAACAAAUGUGAUUAAAACCAGUGCAAAAAAUGGUCCUGAUAUACCCCAAAGCAAGGAGAAAAACCAAAAUGCAGAGAAGCCUAUUUUGUCAGAAGUUGCAUUAUGGUCUAAUAGGUCAGAGGCUUCUGAUAUGGAGCAGAAGGCUUGUGUUGGAGCUUUGGACUUGAAAAAUAGAGGCUCUGGUGUGGUACAGUGUUCAUGUUCUCCUAAUAAGGUCAGUAUCAGAAGAACAUACAUAGUGAACCAACCACAGCUGAGUGAUCUUGGAAGUGGUGGCUUAGUGCAAGUUAAGAAAGAUGGAAUUGUUGAGCUCCAAAGCAUGGAGAGCAGCUUGUUAGAAAUACCAGGUCAUGCUGUCUCAAGUCAUGAAGAUCCCUCAGUUGAUUGCAGUCUGCAAAAUCUACUUUUGUUGAGGGAUGGGACUUCAAGUGUGCGUGCUUUACAGGAAGACUCAUCAAAUGUGACCACAAAGAGUAGCAGACGGAAAACCAAUAGAAAAACUAGAGUAAUUUGUCAAAUAAAUGACUUUGUGGGGAAUUUGCCGAGCAGCAUGGAAAAUAUACCCGAGGCCAAAGCUGAAGAGCAGUGUAAAAACAAUCAGACAAAGAGGAGGAAAACUGUCACAAAAAGCAGUUGUAGUGGUCAGAAACACGAAGGUGAUUUUGGGUCUUUUGCAGGUGUUCAAGGAAUAGCUGAGGAUGGCACAAGGAAUUCGCUAGAUAAACACAGAAAGAGGACUUAUGUUGUCUGUCCUUUGGAUCUUACAGAAAACUUGGAUUGUGUCCAGACAGAUUUUGAAAAGGAUAAAGUGGUACCAUCAACACAAUGUGCUCCUGGGAGCAAGGCUAGCAAAAUUCCCAGAGUUAAGAGGAUGGUAGCUGCUCAGAACAAUAAAAAACAAACAGGGCAUCCUCAAGAAAAUGAGCAAACUAAAGUUGUCAAUGCUGGUUCUUUGCAAAAAGAAAGCAGUUGCAAAUCAAGGCCUCGGAGGAAGAGAAAAACCUCUGCUUCUCCAGACACCAAUUCUGUAGCCAAGCAGAGUGAUGAUGGUGCCAGUGUCCUCCGUGAAAGUUCUAUGGAACUUGUAUCUAAGCAAACUGUGCUAAUUAAGAAAUAUUUCUCCCCUACCAAUCUGCUGUCUGAGCUGGGUGCUUCCCUAGAAGAGCAGAUAGCUGACAUAUCACUUUCAAAGAAACUUAUGGACCUUUCACAGAGCUUUGAGUCCUCCUCUGUGAUCUGUUCUGCAGAUUUGCCUGUCAGCUGUGGGCUCACAGAUCUGCCAGUUUCCAAAAGCUCAGAGGCUGAAGACAAAGGGACUACAGAAAAAUCCCCUCUUUGUCCAGAAAGGUCUCUGCUGUUUAAAGAAAGGACGGCACAAAAAGCAUCUGAAGAAAUAAACCAGGUUGCGUCAAGUUUUAAACAUUGUUCCCAGAGUUCACCUUCAAAGGAACCUGAGAUCAAGCCGCUACAGGAUUUGACCAAUGCCAGGACUCCAUCUCUCGUCCCCAGCUUGGAAGAAAUACCAGAACGCACAUCCAGACGGAGACCGGACCCAGCCUGCUACAGAGAGCCAAGUCUCAAGUGCAAACUGAGGCAGGGUGACCCGUUUACAAACACAGAGUUCCUCCACUGCUCUGUUAACAAAACAAAAAAGAAGAAAAGGCCCAAACCCAAGGAAUUGACCAAAAAUAUCAAAGAAGAACUUCUUCCUGUAGAACUUCCCACUGCCAACGCAAGCAAACUAACAGCAAUGGGAGAUGAGAAGCAAGAAGUGAUGUAGUUGAACACGUAGCCUGUAAGUUCCUGCUUCUGUGUCUUUACUAGGAUGUCUCUAAUGUUCUGUAUAGCUUUUUUUUUUAAAGUGUAAAUAAAGUCUCCUAUAUAUAGAUAAUAUAAAAACCCUGUGACAUCUAUCCCCUGACCUCUUUAGGCAGAGUGUUUAAUGUACAAGCUCCCUUUUACAAAGGGCUCCCCCAAGUCAGUCGGGAGUUACCUACUGAUGUUGUAGGGCCUUCCUGUUUUUGAGGGCUUGCCUUCCAGCUUGGGUCCUUCAAGAGCUGAGUGGCCAGCCCAGUGUUAUACCUACAUCUGCAUGGAGCUGCUAAUCUGUAUGUGCUAAAGUGUUCCUAUCAUUCACGAAAAUAUCAAGGGAAGUGAUAGCUUCAAAUUCUAGUGCACUACCUGAUGCUUACCAUCACAGGGCAACUGAUGGGCAACCAAAAGUCACAAUACAUUAAAACUUUGCUCUGAGAAGGGAGAGAAAUUAUUUCACAUUGACAUCAUGUUUCAAUUCUGGCCCAGCAUGCAGUGGAUUGUACUGAGAGGUACCUAGUUCUGUUUCUGAGGCAGAAUUUCACCAUUGCUCCUAAUCACAUAAAGGAAACAGACAAAGAAUGUUAGUUGGCUUUUAUUUUAGUCUAAACUGAAUUAUUCUUUAAAAAAAAAAGAAAAACCACAACAAAAAAAGGAUGGAAUAGUUCUUCACAGUCAAUAAGCUGACUUGCUGUAUCACAACAAGUGUAUGUAAUACCUCAGACAACUGGAGAAACAUUCUGCACCUUAAUGAAUUGCGCAGGAAGGGGCAGACAGAACAGUUCCUAUGAUUUGCAUUCAGUCAGGAAAAAUAUAUCUAAAUGCACAGCCUGCAUUUAGGAUACUGCUGCAGUUUCAUUAGGCUUUUAGCCUAUAGGAUUUGUUUGCAGCAUUUACUAAGUGCUUUUUCUCAGAUGCUAAUUUUGGCUUAGCAAAUUUCUUGUUAUCAGGGUACUGUGCUGUAGCUGGCACUGAAAAGUACAUUAAGAAAGGGGCUGUGGUAGAGCUGUUACAGUCCUGUGAGCUCACUUAUACUCAGUGGACAGUACUGGAGCAAUAAGGAUGUUUCUGAUUUCUCAGGUCUGCUGGCCAGUAAGUCACUGCUGGUUUGACCAGAGGUGUGACAUAGACUGACUUCCAGUUUGAGAAGAAAGAAAUCCUCAUAAAGUCAUGAGAGAGGAAUCUCAGGUUUGCUCAAAAUGACAUAAGGAAUCUAGGCCCACAAGGAGCUUGAAUAGUAUUACAUUCAGCUCCUUAGCAAAGUAAGACUUAAACUGGCAGCUCAAGAGAUUUAAAAAAAAAAAAA